AUGGAACCACUCCCGAUCAUCAGAGACACGCCCAUGGUCGAGGACCUGGAGACGCCCUUCUUCUGGCCCAUCGCCUUCAAGAACACCUUCAAGCUGAUCCAGCGGAUCGUCACGGGCAAGGUGGAGAACGACAUGACGGCCGCCCGCAGCCUGCACGCCCUGGUGCGCAAGCAGCUCGCCGUCGCGGCCAAGGAGAACUUCCGCGAGACGCAGGCGCUGCUCUACCCGGAGACGGGCGAGCAGGCCAACUUCGAGCUCAUGAUCGAGACGGUCAUGCUGCGGACCAUCGUCGAGGGCGCGCCCCAGGACACGGACGCCCGCGAGGAGAUGGCCGUGCUGGUCGAGAACUGGAUCAGCCUGCCUGGCAUGCAGGAGCCGACUGAGAAGUUUUUGAGAUACCUUCGGCCCAGGCUUUGGAAGGGAACUGUGUGA